AUGAGCGUACUGGAUGUCGAUAUCGACGAGAGCCGUGACGACUUGCUGCUCGACAGCGAUAGUGAAGUUCCCGACGAUGACGACGACGGAGAAGCAGAGAACACUUGGAAAGAUGACGCGCAAAAACAUGACAGAUACACCUUCAGCGAGCCUUUUGGAGUUAAUCCAGAGAUGCCCCGUUGUCCAUCUGAUAAUCUGCGGAAUUACUGGUCGCUGAAACCUCGGAACUUGCCCAGAAAUGGACAUUCGAUUGCAGGAGAUUUCAUGACCAGAGAUCGAUUUGAAGAGAUCCAAAGGCAUCUUCACUUUGUCGACAACGCUGCUGCCGACAAGACGAACAAACUUUACAAGCUACGGCCUAUUCCCGACUACCUAAACAACCGAUUUCCAGCCAUGUAUAGACCUGAGAAAGAGCUGUGCUUCGACGAGUCGGUUGUGCCAUUCAGAGGUUGA